GAGAGAGAGAACGUCUCUCCAAACCAUCCGUCCUCUCUCCUGUUCCCUCUAUGAUAUCUUCUUAAAGCUAUCUCGUCAUCCUCCUCCACGAGUGGGCAGGGGCAGGCUCGCGAUUCCUUCUUCCUCUCUCUUUUGGAUCGUACCAAGCUGGAGCCGAGCCGGGGGGGCGGCGGCGGGGGAGGGAAGAUGGCGCAGGCCUUGUCCGAAGAGGAGUUCGAGCGCAUGCAGGCCCAGUUAUUAGAACUUCGAACACAGAAUUACCAGCUCUCUGAUGAACUCCGCAAGAACACAGCUGAAUUAAAUGGGCUCCGACAACGGGUCAUCUAUUUAGACAAGGACUUUGCUAAGGCUCAGAAGGCUCUAAAUAAGAGUAAAAAAGCUCAGGAGGUGGAUGCACUGCUUAGUGAAAAUGAAAUGCUUCAGGGAAAACUGCAUAGCCAAGAGGAUGACUUCAGGCUGCAAAAUAGCACUCUCAUGCAGGAGCUCUCCAAGCUCUGCUCGCAGAUUGAGCAGUUGGAGAAGGAUAAUCAGAUUCUUCGGGAAGGGAAGACAGCGGUAGCCAGCGAAGGGGCGUUCCCAGCCAGCUCCGUGGAUGGCGAGCUGUUAAGGCUACAGGCGGAGAAUUCUGCCCUGCAGAAGAAUAUGGCAGCUUUACAGGAGCGCUAUGAGAAGGAAGUGGCCCGGCAAGCAGAAAACCGAAGUGGCGCGAAAGGUGAUGGUUCCCCGGAGCCUUGUCCCACUGUGCCAGAGACAACUUCGGAACGGCCGGCAUUUGACAGUGACGGUAACGGUGCCAUUUCACAGCAGCUUCUCUCGGAGGUCGAACUGAAACUGCAGACCGAGAGGGAGGAAAAAAUACUGCUGAAGGAGCAGCUGCAAAGCCUCGAGGCAUCCAAGACAACAGAGACCUCCCGCCUGCAGCAAGAGCUCUCCAAGUUUAUGGAGAAGCUUAAGAAGAAACAAGAGAGCUUUGUGCGCCUUCAGACAGAAAAAGAAGCGCUCUACAAUGACAGCAGGACCAAAAUUGAGGAGAUCCAACAACGGAAGGAAGAGGAACUCAAAUCUCUGCAAAUUCGUAACCAGAAGCUGCAACAGGAGCUCCAGUCCACGAACCAGGGCUUCUUGGAAUUAAAGGACCAAUUGCAGACUGGUCAAAAAGAACAUGAAUUGGCUCUUCGGACUCUGCAGGACCAGGUUGCGUGCCAAAGUGCGGAGAGCCAGGAACAGGUUGAGACCAUUCUGUCUGAAAAUGAUGCUCUGAGAACCAACCUUGCAGCCUUAGAACAGAUCCAGACAUCUAAGACUCAAGAAAUGAAUUUGAUGCGAGAACAGGUGGCAGCAUUGGGAGAUGAGCUACAGCAGCGUCAGAAUGAGAAGGAGGCAUUGGCUGCCCAGCGGGAUGACCUCAACACACAAUUGCAGGAGUCACUUCGGGGCAGUACUCGUCUUACGGACCAAGUUCAAGAACUCAGGCAGGAGAAGGAGAGAUUACUACAAGAGCUUGACGAAGUACGGAAGACAGCAGAGAAACGCAAGGCCAUGCUGGAUGAGAUGGCCAUUGAGACCCAGCAAGAAAAGGGACGCCACAAGGAAGAGCUCGGUAACCUUCGUCUGCAGCAUGAGAAAGAGAUGCUGGCUGUGAGGGCACGCUAUGAGCGGGAGCUGCGGGAGCUGCAUGAGCACAAGAAACGGCAAGAGGACGAGCUGCGUGGUCAGCUCAAGGAGGAGAAGGCUCGUAGUCAAGAACUGGAAUCCAUGCAACAAACUGUGGAAGAGCUACGGCUCCAGAUCCAAUCCAUGGAUGGCACCAAGGGCUGGUUUGAACGGCGGCUUAAAGAGGCAGAGGAGUCGAUAGAGAAGCACCAGCAGGAACACAUGGAAGCUCUGAGAAUCUGUAAAGAGCAGCAUGCAGCUGAUUUACAGCUAAAAGACCAAGAAGUGGAGGCAACUAAGGAGAAACUGAGAGAGAUUGAAAAAGCCAGGAAUGAGCACAUGGACACAGUCAACCGGCUGAAGCAGGAAGUGAAGGACACAGUCGAUGGGCAACGGAUCCUGGAGAAGAAAGGGAGUGCAGCAUUGAAGGACCUCAAAAGACAGCUUCAUCUAGAAAGGAAGAGAGCAGAUAAACUUCAGGAGCGCCUGCAGGAAAUCUUGACCAACAGCAAGAGUAGGACAGGAAUUGAGGAUCUUGUACUAGCAGACAUCAGUUCCCCCAGUCGGACUCAGACGGGAGACAGUAGCAGCAUCUCAUCCUUCAGCUACCGUGAAAUCAUGAAGGAGGGAUCUGUGGCUGGCAGUAAUAAGUCAACCACAGGAAGCCCACAGUCACAGUCGCAACCUCCACGGCCAGCCGACCUUUCAGAUGAGGAGAUCUCAGAACUGUUCCAGCGUCUGGCUGAAGUUCAGCAGGAGAAGUGGCUCUUGGAGGAGAAGGUGAAGCACCUUGAAGUCAGCAGUGCCUCCAUGGCUGAGGACCUAUGCCGGAAGAGUGCCAUUAUUGAGACCUAUGUGAUGGACAGCCGCAUUGAUGUGUCUGGGGCUCAUGGGCAGGUCGAUCGAAGUAGCCUAAGUAGCGUCCUGCGAGAUCUGGUGAAGCCAGGAGACGAGAACCUGCGCGAGAUGAACAAGAAGCUACAGAACAUGCUGGAGGAGCAGCUCACCAAAAACAUGCACUUACAGAAGGAUUUGGAGGUCCUUUCCCAGGAGAUCGUCCGUCUUAGCAAAGAGUGUGUCCCAUCCCCUGAUACUGAACCUGGCCUGGAUGAUGCUGUCUGAGCUCCGUUCCACCUGUGAUGCCGUCCUCCGUGCUUGGCCCUUGGCUGCGCUGCUGCGGAGCACGAACAGCAGUUUCUCCCUUCAUCACUGUUCUACUCAGGCCUUCCCCAAAAAAGAUUGAUUUCUUUCGAAUCAUGCACCUACUGAUUACGCUGCCUGCCUCUUCGUGGACCUGCCUUUGCUGCCCCGUAGGAAGCCCUGGCAGCAGUAGCCUCUCUGCAGUUGGCACUUUUUAAAAAGUUGCAUGGCCGAUUGCAGCUUUGUUUCUGAGGUUGCCAGUUUUGAAACUGCCUCCCUCCUUCCAAGGUUGUCAUCCCUGAUCCUGAGGAGUUUCCCCAUGGAGGAGGAAGAGGAGGAGGAGGAGGGCGAGGAGGAGGUGUUCCUGCCAUAAUAAAGCUCCAUAAUCCAUUCUCAACGUAUAGCAGUCCUGGGAGUAAAGUUCAGUUUCCUUAAAAGCCUUUUUCCCUGCAUUCUACUCCGCAAGCUGCAUUUGUGAUUCUGUAGCUUCUUCUGAGUCAUAGUCAUACCACCUUCCUCAUUUUGCAUGUCUGGUCAGUUCUGAAACUCCCUGUUUCAGUUAUAUAUAUAACCCAAGUGAUACAACCCAAAAGCACUUCUACAGGGUUGCUGCUGUGCCCCUUUUUCCAGUGAUAGAGGUGGAGCAAAGGCAGUGUGUUUAUUUAACACACCAAUGACUUGUACAAGGCUGUAAUUGUUGAGAAACUGAUAAUGGAAAGAACGGUGGGUUGGGUUUUUUGGGGGGGGAGGGGAGUGGCUUUUACUCUGCGUGAACUUUGUUUUGAAAUGGGCUUAAAGAUCUGAAUUGAUGGGUACUAUUCUAGUAGACAUAAACUGGAGAGGUCUCUCUCCCCAGGCCGUGUUCCAUAUUCCCAGCCUUUUUCUAAGUCCAGCAAAGGGUAGCCCUGGGUCUGAUUUCAAACCAGUUCAGAGCUCUGGCAGGUGUGAUGCUGCUCCUUGUUUAAUGGGAAGAUCAGGAUGGGAAGAAGAAAGAGGUACCGUAUAUACUCGAGUAUAAGCCGAGUUUUUCAGCACGUUUUUUGUGCUGAAAAACGUCCCCUCGGCUUAUACUCGGGUCUAUACGGCUUAUACUCGAGUUGUUUUUUUUUUUAAGCCCCUCGGCUUAUACUCGAGUAUAUACGGCUUAUACUCGAGUUUUUUUUUCUUUUUUUCUUUUUUUCACAUUUUACCGGACGGCGCGGGGAAGCCCUGCCGGUGCAGUGAGAGGGCGGGGCGGGGGAGCCGCCAGCCUUCUCAGCUGAGGGAGGGAGGGUUUCCCCAACCGGUAGGUGCCUCAUUUCCCACCCUCGGCUUAUACUCGAGUCCCCAGUUUACCCCAGUUUUUGGGGUAAAAUUGGGGACCUCGGCUUAUACUCGGAUCGGCUUAUAUUCGAGUAUAUACGGUAUUCAGUGGGGAGAGAGAGAAUGGAGCUCCCACCCAUUUGGGGCUCUGACUUGACCUCAGCCUGGCCCUAGGCUUCCAUUAUGACCCACCAAAGACUCUGCCUAAUAGAGACAUGCUGAUUUACCUCAGUGGGUAAAAGACUGCCCAUCUCCUCCUCUAGGUCUAGAUUCAGCCGUACAGUCUCUGCCACCCCCUGCUCAUUGUAGCUGUUAGCUCUGCCCUAGUCCCCUAUGGGUCUAUGGGAAAAGAGAGGGCUGGUGAUAUUUGGGGCUCAGAAAGUGAAUCUCUCUGCUUGCUGGUAGAGCAUUUCAGAGAAGAUUGGGGUCCUGCUUGUUCUGCUCUUUGGCCGGUCCUUGGACAUAUUACUCAGUGCUAAUCCAGCAUUUUGGAGGGUGAGAGGCGAGCUUAGGAAAUAACAUUGGGCCUUUCUUUAUUGGAAUUGGCAAAAAAGACUUUCCUGUGCAGUUUCUCAUCCCUGGGUGUUCCAUACAAAGGAAGCUUUGAUGGUACUAAGGGGGACAGCUGGUGGGGAGGUGAAUCCCUCCUUCCUGUGGCCGCAGUAAACGACAUGGAUUCAUUUUCUCAGCAUUUAUUUAAGAAGAAACUUCGCUUCUGUCAGACUUCAUUGCAAUAAGCAAAUCAAUCCAAAUAUCCAAAGAAAUAUUUUGCCCAGAAUUCUCCCCUUAGGUUCUUGGGCCUUUAAUUGGGGGGAAGCAUUCUGUGAGCUUCCUGCUGUUGUUAACUACAGCUCCCAGCAUCCCUCACCAUUAGACAUGCUGGCCGGGGCUCCUGAACGUUUACUGGAUUUACACACUCAGACACUCUGCUAUAAGGAAACAUUAGUUUAUUUCACCUCAACAUUUUUCAAAUUCACCUUUUUCAUAUUUAUUCAAACGCUGGGGGAUGAGAGGUGCAAGGCUUAAAGGAACCCAUAAUUGUUUCCUUAUCAGCAAGAUCUUGAAUCUGAAACCGAAGACCAGGGGUAUGAAUCAAAAGCCUCUGCCUGUAUGGAUGAUUUUGCCCAAGCCCAUCCUUACACUGUUAAGUUUUAGAAAAAAACAUUUUGCUUUCAGUGAGCUUUCUCUUCCACUUACCAGAUUACAAAUGAACGACUCAAGAAAGUAGCAAUUUAGAGAGAAGGUUGCACAAAGCUAUACAGUAUAUCCUUGACUGGAGAUUUUAUUUUUUUGAAAUUAUAGCAAUUAUUCUCAAUGUUUCUGGGCUAUAGAAUCUUGGACUGGUGAAAAAAAGAGCCAUUUUCUGAAUGAACUAAAAUAUAUAUUCUCCUACCUGCCUAUGUACUCAAAACCCAAGUGCAACUUUUUCUUAAAAGUACAGGCAGUCCUCUGUUAACUAUUCUAUUUAACAACUGUUUAAAGCUACAAUGGUCCUAGAAAAGUAACUUUAUGACAUAGAAACGACACUUGAAAAGUAACUUUUAUGACUGGUCCUCAAACUUAUGACAGAGUGACUUACAAGUGUUGCAGCAUCCCCACUGUCAUAUGAUCACAAUUUUGCUGCUUUGCAACCGAUGUGCAUUUAUGAUUGUUGCAGCACUCUAUUGUCACAUGAUAGCCAUUUUGAUACAUAUGCGCACACACAUGUAUACAUAUAUAUAAAUUUAAACAAUUAUAAGCUAAUACUAAAAGAAAGUGAAAGAGAAAAAAACUAAAGAAAAAUUAAAAAUGCAAAAAGAAAAAGUUAACAGAAAAAUAGAAAAGAAAGAAAAAAGAUAUAAGAGUGGCUUCUAAUCUUCUUUAUAGCAAUAUAAGGACAAUUAUAAAUUGACCUCUCCCUAAAGUUGAAUCACGGGUCUUAUAUCUAAUCAUAAAACUAUAAAUUUUAAGUUUAUUUUUCUUUUUUAUACAAAAAGUCCUUGAGGGGUUUCAGUUCACUAAUAAAUGUAGAUAUUGUCUUUUCUGUAAUCACACAAUUCAGUUUGGCCAUUUCAACAAAUUAUAUCAUUUUCAUCUACCAUUCCUCUGUCAUAGGCCUUGCCAAUUAUUUAAAUUUUUGUAACACAAUAAUCUUGCUGCAGUUAUCAUACAUAAAAACAAUGUUCCAUGA